AUGAUGCGGACAUUGGCAUUAGCUGCUCUGAGCUUGGUGCAGGUAUGGGCCGGAGGGCACAUGGGGCACGAGCACCUGGCAGUGGUCCGGGUGUUCUCCACCGACGAGGAGGUGAUGCUGCUGAAGGAGAGUGGCGAGAAAUGGGACGACGAGGAGCCCUGCGAGAUGAAGUCGAACAUGAGCGCCAUCGACCUGAUCCUGGUCUACAGCAAGGACCUGAUGAUGAACCCCAUGGCCAACAAGGUGGUGAUGGAUCUCAUGGACGGUUUCAAGAUCAAGAUGGACAUGGAGAUGUACAACAUGACCAACGUGACCAACCCCAACGCCACCAUGUAUGACUGGAUGAAGUGCUUCUCGGACAUCAAGUACAUGUCCGCCGGCCUCAACCCCGAGCAAGAUGUCUACGACAGCAACGGCUACACCACGAACAAGCACUGGGUGUCCGGCCCGAACCAUGUCUUCAAGAGCAUCAUGGAUGCGAUGUUCACCGGCGCCUACAUGGACAUGUACGAUUCCUUCUUCUUGAUGGAGAUGGACGCGGUCCCCAUUAAGGACUACUGGCUUGACCAGUUCGAGAAGGAGGCCCAUGAGGUGGCAGACGGCAACAUCGCGAUUCGUGGCAGCCAGUACCUGGGUGACAAGUGGGAUCUCUUCAAGCACAUGAUGCCCAAGUACUUGGUCGAUCACAUCAACGGCAACGCCAUCUACAACUUGAAGCACAGCUGGACACAGUACUUGUACAAUACCUUCACGAGCAGCGAUAUGGCCAGCAGCAUGAUGGAGGAUCACGCCUUCGAUGUGGCCUUCGCCAUGAUCACCAUGCAAGCCAUGGCUGGCGUAGAGCCGUUCGCUACAGCCUGGACGGGCGACGCCACGACCUACGACACGAGCACGAUGCUGGUGGGCAACUACGCCAACACCCUCCUGAACGAAAGCUACGAGUUUGGGAGCUACAUCCGCCACGGCUCGAAGAAGAACAUCUUCGAGAACUUGGAUGACGAUGAGGUCACCCUGGGUGUGGCGUGGUACGACUACCAGGGACACUUCAUGGAGACGGUGCCAACGCACCACCCCUUCAAGAAGAUCCUGGGCAUCGCCUACUUCGAUCAGGAGAUGACCAUGGAGGAGAUCGUCGCGCCUGGGGGCAACGUCACCCUGAAGAAGCAGAAGGCCACGAUGCAGCCAUACAUGCACCUCUGCGAGAUCGCCGGGCUUGUGGACACCGAUUGGUUCGCGCUCACGGACAACUACCACAUCGUCAAGGCGCCUGUGAGCGUGCUCAUGGAUGAUGACGACAAGCCGGUGCUGCCCUACGUCCUGAAGGACUCGAAGUACUGCGGUGAGCGUCCCAACUGCAAGGCUUCCAUGGAGCAGGCAGAGGAUUUGUUCGGCAUUGCCUUGAACUACCACCACGACAAGUACGAGGUGCUGUACAAGACGGAUGAUGCCAAGAUGUUCUGCGAGGAUUGGAACAAGGCUGCCGCAGGAAGGCCUUGGGACAACUGCAGCAUCGCCUUCGGCCCUACGGGAGAUGACUACAUUGCCUGGAAGAUCAGCAAAAUUGGUGACAAGAUUGCAGAUGAGUUCACCCCAAAGGACAAGACGCGCUAUGGCUGGAGAGCCUGGACCAGCUUGUGGAACCCGGCGCCGGUGGACAACCGUAUGUGCGACACCACGCUCUACGGCGUGAAGGAAUACCUGGAGACGCUCGGCAACAUCUCUGAAUGCGCUGUGAAUUAUGUGGAGAAGCCAGCUGAGUGCAUGGCUGACAGCAAAUGCAUGUGGAGGCCAAUGUUCGAGUCCGGCGUCUGCCUGCUGGACCCAGCGAGCUUCACGCCGGAGACCACGGUGAUGGGAGCCAUCUACAGCGUCGUGGAAGUCAUGCUGCCCAUGGAAGUGGAGGACGUGGAUGCCGUCGUCAACAACGUCGGCUUGACCACUUCCAUGAGGCAGUCCUUCGCAGACUUGGUGGGCACGGACCUGGAAAAGGUGGUUCUGACCUUCGACACAGGAGACCGGCGCCUGAGCGCCUCCCUCCGGAGGGCGGCCACGACCCUCAUCGCGAUCUUCACCGUGACGCUUGAAACCGUGGCCGAUGCCGAGCAGACACAAGUUGACAUUGAGACCCUGUCGCUGGAAGAGACGCAACAGGCCAUCAACACGGCCAUCGCGGACUCAGGCUUCACCGGAACCGUGAAGGUGACUGGCAAGUCGACCAUGCUGAUCCCAGCUCCCACCACCACCACCACGACCUCCACGGCAGCACCGACCACGACGGAGGACGACAUGGAAGACAACAUGACCACCACCACAACGACUGCGGCCCUCCCGCAGCCGAGCUUCGCAAAGCAUUUCGGCAGUUUCUCCGCGCUGGCGGCUGUGCUGGCGUCUGCCCUCCUGAGCUGA